AUGGCGACAGUGAGUGGUCCACGAUUCUCAAUCUUGGUCAUCAACCCCAACACCUCUACUCAUAUGACAAGUGCCCUGGUCCCCAUCUUGGAAAACCUCGGGUACACCGACGUCCAGUUCGACUACUUCACAGCUCCACAGUCUGAAUCUGUUACACUUCCCGAUGGGCGAGUCAUCCACGGCAUCUCUAGCAUAAACUCGGGCGAAGACUCAGUCCUAUCAGCCCUCCACUGCAGGCCAUUUGUGGAACCGUUGGUCCCAAAGUACGAUGCUUUUCUCGUCGCAUGCUAUUCAGCCCACCCCCUCGUUGGAAUGCUCAGAGAGGCCAUCGAUAAGCUAGAAGAUGCAGCUUUAUUGGAGCUCGGGCCAACCGCAAGUACCAAAAAGAAGUACGUGACGGGUAUCUUUGAAGGAAGCAUCGUGGCUUCGCUAUCACUGGUCAGCUCUUUCCAACUCACAUGGGAUGGAGGGUUUGGCAAAUCGCAAGCUAAGGACACAUUUGGUAUUGUCACUACUGGGAGUAGUUGGAAGGCUGAGCUCACCAAUGCUGUUUCGGACAUGCUCGUCAACUCCGGUGAUAAAACCCCCUCUAAUAGGUUCACUGGUGUGGAAACAACUGGGCUCACGGCCGUCGAGCUCCAUACCACCCAACCUGAAGAAGUACGACGAAGGAUUAUCGAGGCCACCGAGCGGCUGAUCAAAGUAAACCCACGCCCUGUUAGUGCUAUCUGCCUAGGAUGCGCUGGUAUGGCCGGCAUGGAGGAAGCGGUUCGAGAGGGCUGUAUCAAGGCAUACGGUCGAAAGCAAGGUAGCCGUGUGAAGAUAGUCGACGGCGUUGUUUCUGGUGCCGGUAUGCUUGUGACGGCAUGCAAAGCUGGUUUCUAG